AGUUCAUACUCUCUUUGCAAGAAAGUUGUGAUCAUAAUAUUUAUUAUUAAAAUAUAUCAUGAUAGCAAUAACGGUGCAUUUAUUUACAACGUGUGUAAGCUGAGCAGUCAUUCCCGCUAGUUUAAGUUGUGUUAAGGAGUGUGUUAUUUGACAGUUAAUCAAAGUUUGACAGUGAAGCUGCGUGUAUCAAACUUCAUUGUCACAACACAAUCACGUAGGGGCCUAAUUUUGCAAUUUAUACUUAUGUACGACGUUUAACCCAAGCCAUAUCGUAGGCAUGGCAAAUGUAAGGGCAUCAGUGGAAGGGUUGGAAGUCCUAUUUCCAUUUGAGCCCUAUAAAUGUCAGUUGGACUACAUGGCAUCAAUGAUUAAAUGUUUACAAAAGGGAGAGAAUGGAAUUUUGGAAAGUCCAACAGGAACAGGAAAGACACUCUCUCUGCUAUGCUCUUCUCUAGCUUGGCUAGAAACACAGAAAGCAAAGUUGUGGUUGAUGAAGGUCGCCUCAAGGGCGAGGUUGCGCGGAGAGUUGUGGGACAUGACGUCGUCCGGUGGCGGCUCACUCGAUGUCUCGCUCACCGUCAGCAAGUACCUAUUUGAGCUGCUGGCUUCGGUAGGCAUUAACGACGGGAACGUACUGUACCUGCUCGACCUGACGGAUAAACUUGCUAACGAGUUGGCGUUGAACACGGAAGGGGGGGCCUUCGCUCGCCGGGGGGCGGGUCUCAACAAGGUCACGAAUCUUCUCAAGUUCCUUCCGUUGAUCAAAGGGCGUGAGGUGGCGCCGCCCGGUGGCCCGCAGGCGGGCGGGCGCGGCACCGGCAGCGAGUUCUAUCGCACCUUCGUCAGCGUCGAGGAGCAGAAGUGGUCCGGCAGCAAUAAGCAGCCGGCAAACCCGUGGGAGUCGAGCAAGUCGACGAAGAAAGUAUCGCACCGCGUGCAUACUAACUUGGUGUUUCAGCGGCCCGCCAUGCAGGACUACCACGCGCUAUCGCUGCACUACUGGUGUUUCAGCGCUGGCUCGGCCAUGCAGGACCUCGUCGCUAGCGGAGUUCACUGCAUCAUCCUCACCAGCGGCACGCUCAGCCCGCUCUCCUCCUUCAAGACUGAGAUGAGAAUGGUGAAAUCGAGUAUUCUGGGAUCGAGGGAACAACUCUGCAUCAACUCCAAAGUUGUAGCUUUAGACAGCAACAGUGCCAAAACACAUCUCUGUCGGCAGAUGACGAAACAACGAGCGUGCUACUUUCACACCAAGUUUGAUGACAUGCGACAGAAGACCACUGAUGUGAUGAGGGACGUCUGUGGCAAGGAAAACAACGUCAUGGACAUAGAGGACCUUGUCACUGUCGGACGCAAGAAGCAGGUAUGUCCGUUCUACAUGACUAAGGAGGGUCAGGGUACGGCGGAUAUCAUCUUCAUGCCCUACAACUACCUACUCGAUCCUACCUUCAGGAAAAUUAACAAUAUCGACGUCGCCAACUGCGUCCUGAUAUUUGACGAGGCACACAACCUGGAGCAGAUGUGUGAGGACUGCGCAUCUACGGAGCUUCGUUCCAGCGAGCUCGCGAUGGCAAUCAACGAGGUUCAGGACCUGCUCACAAGGAAGCUGCAGCAAGAGGGCGGGGAGGAGGUGCUGGGGGUUGCCAUGCCCUCCGCCGAGCCGUCGGCGGAUUAUUCAGUCAAGGACCUUAGCCUUCUCAAAACACUUCUACUGGACCUUGAGGCAGCCAUUGAUUCACUACCAUUAAGCGUGAACAAGACCCUAAAGAAAAGCGGGAUCUUCCUUCCGUUGAUUAAAGGGCGUGAGGUGGCGUCCGCCCGGUGGCCGGAGCGAGGCGGCGCGCCGGCACGGCAGCGAUCUAUCGCGACCUUCCGUCCAGCCGUUCGAGGAGCAGAGUGGUCCGAGAAGACAAGCAAUAAGCGGGCAAAACCCGUGGAGUCAGCAAGGCAUUUAGCGCUGCGGUUAACACAGCCGUUCCUAUAUGGCCACUCUGGGUUACGACUAGACUUUAUGAUGCAUUACAAUGGAAGCAGGGUCGCACGCUGCACUACUGGUGUUUCAGCGCCCGCCAUGCAGGACUACCACCCGACUGAGAUGAGAAUCCCGUUCCCGGUGCAGCUGCAGAAUGAGCACGUUGUCGGCGGAGAUCAGGUGUUCUUGGGCAUCGUGUCGCAUGGACCGGACAAUACCCUGCUCAGCUCCUCCUACCAGAACCGCAGCAGCCCAUCCUACCAGAAGUCCCUCGGCAACACCUUAGUGAACAUAAUGAAGGUUGUUCCCAUGGGUUUGCUGGUGUUCUUCCCAUCGUACGGAGUAAUGAACAUGUGUGUGAAGACCUGGCAGGACACAGGAAUUCUCGACAUCAUCGGCCGCAGGAAGCGAAUCGUCAUCGAACCGAAGGGCAAGGAAGCGUUCGAAUCCGCGAUGAGUAGCUUCUACGAGGCGAUCAAGGACCCGGCGUCGGGUGGCGCCACCUUCUUCGCCGUCUGCCGAGGCAAGGUCAGCGAAGGUCUCGACUUCUCGGACGUGAACGGGCGGGCGGUCGUCAUCACUGGGCUGCCGUUCCCGCCGCGCAUGGACAACCGCAUCGUGCUGAAGAUGGAGUUCCUCAAGGAGCAGAAGAGAGCUCUGAAGCAGGACAGCAUCGGCGAUGAGGAGUGGUAAGCCUGUGCGC